CUCCUCCCGCCUCCGUCCCCUCCGCGGCAGCCGAGCCCCGUGCCGACCCGGUGCCGAGAGCUCCGCGGCCUCCCGCCGGGCCGGACGAUGUGGGUUGCUGCCGUCGGGGAGAGCCGCUGCCGGGGCAGAAGCGGAGAGCAGGGCUGGGAGAGCUUCGCCAGCCAUGGCGCUGUGAGCCCGGGGCGCCGAGCUGCGGCGAUGUGAGCCCCCACCCGCGGCCGGGAGACUCUUUUUUUUUUUUAAAUUUUUAAUUUUUUAAUGUAACUUAAUUACAUACCUUCUUUUUCUGUUUGUUUGCUGACCUGGUGCUUUUUCUCGUGGCUGCUUUUCUGCUUUUUCCUUCCCCUCCCGCCCUCUCUGAGAGCGGAGUGGGGAGGGGGGGAAUAGAGGAAGAGGAGGAGUGCAAACAGAAAUGCAGCGCGGCUCGCCCUGAGCCCGGCCGCGGGUGCGGAGCAGAGCCGCGUCCAUGUGCGCGCAGUGCCGCGCCGCGCCUCGGAGCCACCGCGCUGGGGCCGGGGCCGGCCGCGGGCUGGGGGGACUCUGACUCACCCCACGGCUCCUCGGCGGAGGGCGGCCGGCAGGAAGAAGCGCCGCCGCCUGCGCCCGGGCGGAGCGGCACCGCGCCGCAGGGACCUGCGGAUCCUCCGCGAACCCCUUUCCUCACACCCUAUCCUUUGGACACAGCUGCCGCCGGCGAAGCAUUACAAGUGGGACAGCAGCCUCCCGGAUUUACAAGCCGCGGGGCACUGCCAGCACGGCCAGGGGUCUCGCCGACGGCCGCCCGCGCCGGGAUUUGCGCUCCCCAGGGACAGACCCAUGGGCGGCGGGGUCCAACGCCCAGCCAUGGUUGUUAGCCCGGGCGCCCUGCUUCGCCUGGCCGGCUGAGCCCUCCCCGGCGCCGGGACUCGGGGCUGCAGCGCGUUAAGCGGGGCGUCCCCGUACCCCGUCCCCGCGGGGCGCGGCCGCGGCUCGGCCCCAACGCCCGGGUGGCGCCCCCCGGAGCGGCGCGUCGCAGGGGGGCCCAUGAGCGGCGAUGGCAGCGGCUAUCGCCAGCUCGUUGAUCCGGCAGAAGCGGCAGGCGAGGGAGUCCAACAGCGACCGGGUGUCCGCCUCCAAGCGCCGCUCCAGCCCCAGCAAGGACGGACGCUCCCUCUGCGAGAGGCACGUCCUAGGGGUCUUCAGCAAAGUACGCUUCUGCAGCGGCAGGAAAAGGCCGGUGAGGAGGAGACCGGAACCCCAACUGAAAGGAAUUGUGACAAGGUUAUUCAGCCAGCAGGAAUACUUCCUGCAGAUGCACCCAGAUGGUACAAUUGAUGGGACCAAGGACGAAAACAGCGACUACACCCUUUUCAAUCUAAUUCCUGUGGGUCUUCGUGUGGUGGCAAUUCAAGGGGUGAAGGCAGGUCUGUAUGUUGCCAUGAAUGCUGAGGGAUAUCUCUACAGCUCAGAUGUUUUCACACCAGAGUGCAAAUUUAAGGAAUCUGUCUUUGAAAACUACUAUGUUAUUUACUCUUCCACGCUGUACCGGCAGCAAGAAUCUGGACGAGCGUGGUUCCUGGGACUCAAUAAAGAAGGUCAAAUUAUGAAGGGAAACCGAGUGAAAAAAACCAAACCCUCAUCACAUUUUGUACCCAAACCCAUUGAAGUGUGCAUGUACAGAGAGCCAUCGCUGCAUGAAAUUGGAGAAAAACAAGGACGCUCAAGAAAAAGUUCAGGGACACCAACCAUGAAUGGAGGCAAAGUUGUUAACCAAGACUCGACAUAGCUGACAAAUACCCUCCCUUCUUGCAACUCCUCCCCUCCCACCCACCUACCCACCCCACCUGGCGAAACCACACUGAGACGACAACAACUGAGCAAGGCAGGACCUACUGGUAGCAGCUAGGAGUCCGAACUCCAGAAUCUUUCGUUGUGUAGGAAGAGGAAAUCGAAUCCCAGAUCCUGCCUGUUGCAACGUUUUAAAAAACAAAAACAAAAAAGAAAAAGAAGAAAAAAAGUUUUAAAUCAGGACUCCAUUAACAUUUUCAAAAGCAAACUGUUUGCUCUGUGAUCAAAGGGGGAAAAAAAUCUCAUCUCUGCAUAAUAAUAACUAAUAAAUAUAAUAAUAAUAAUAAAGAUGUUACCUUUAAAAAUAAAAGAAAGCUUUUGGAAAAUUGAA